AUGUCCGCGGCUGUUACGCCUCCAAAUCAUGGAAGUCCCAACACCAGUCCCAGUAUCGCUAUGGCCGCCAAGAACCAGCGAGUCGGUCCAUAUAUCUUGGGCAAAACCCUUGGAGUCGGAAUGACAGGACGUGUCAAGCUCGGCAUCCACAUGCAGACCAAGCAGAGGGUCGCCAUCAAGAUCAUCUCCAAGAAAAUGAUCGGCGCCAACGGCGGCAGCAACAACGGCAACAACGGUGGAGGAAAGGACAACACCGCAUCCGAGAACAAAAAAGUCGAGCGCGAAAUCACGAUCAUGAAGCUCGUCAGCCACCCGCAUGUAUUGCAGCUCUACGAUGUUUACGAGACGGAUACUGAGCUCUUCCUGGUGCUCGAGCAUGUCGAGGGCGGCGAGCUGUUCGACUACCUUGUCAAGCGAGGCAGGCUUAGCGAGAACGAGGCUCUCAAGUUUUUCCAGCAGAUUAUAUUCGGACUCGACUACUGUCACAAGCAUCUGAUCUGCCAUCGAGAUCUGAAACCUGAGAAUCUGCUGCUCGACAAGGAUCUGAAUGUCAAAAUUGCCGACUUUGGCAUGGCAAGUCUGCAGAUCACCGGAAAACUCCUCGAAACGAGCUGUGGCUCACAUCUCUGCGCUUUGGAUCGCCAACAGGGAACCAAAUAUGACGGCCCCACGUCCGAUAUUUGGAGCUGCGGGGUGAUUCUCUUUGCGCUUGUGACAGGCAGCCUCCCCUUUGACGACGAGAACAUCCGAAAGCUUCUCGGCAAGGUCAAAAGCGGCGUGUACAUCAUCCCAGAGCAUGUGAACCCUUCCAUCAAGGAUUUGAUCCGCAAGAUGCUGACUGUGGACCCGUCCAAGCGCAUCACGAUGGCCGAGAUCAUGGCACAUCCAUGGUUUUGCUCGAUUCCGCCCCGUAACGGCAUGACGGCCUAUGCGUCGAAAGAAAUGCAAUCGUACCGAACCGACGGCAGCCCCCUCGAUCCCGAUAUCAUAGCAUCCCUGGCUUUGCUCGGCUGGACCAACAUCGAGGAGCUUUCGAAGCUGCUGUACUCGGAGGAGUGA